AUGUCGGCCCAAGAAAAGGCAGGCCGAGAUCCGGUUUUCACUUCAGAAUCAUCCAGUGCAACCCAGAUCCAAGUCCCCGCGGAAAAAGAAUCUGAAGAUGCUCAGCUCGAAAAUACCAACUCGGAGCGGAUCGAGCUCACGGAGGACAUGUGCUACGAUCAACUCGGAUAUUCAUUCCCCGAGAUGAAAAAGUGGAGAAUCAUUAUUGUCAUCUUCCUCGUGCAGACGUCUAUGAACUUCAACACCUCCUUGUUCUCAAAUGGUCUCGAUGGUAUGUCCAAAGAAUUUGAUAUCUCAUUGCAGGCGGCUCGGUGUGGUGCCAUGAUCUUCUUGGUUCUGUAUGCGUUUGGAUGUGAGCUUUGGGCACCCUGGAGUGAGGAACUCGGCCGCAAACCCAUCCUCCAGUGGUCGCUCUUCUUUGUCAAUGUGUGGCAGUUACCCGUGGCCCUCGCUCCCAACUUUGCUUCCGUCAUGGUUGGUCGUGCUCUCGGUGGUCUCUCUUCCGCCGGUGGCUCCGUCACACUGGGCAUGAUUGCUGAUUUAUGGGAGUCUGAUACUCAGCAGUACGCUGUGGCUGCUGUCGUCUUCUCCUCGGUGGGUGGCUCAGUUCUCGGUCCAGUCAUUGGUGGCUUCGUUCAGUCCUUCCUCGACUGGCGAUGGUGCAUGUGGAUCCAGUUGAUCUUCGGAGGCUUUGUCCAAAUCUGCCACUUCAUCCUGGUACCUGAGACCAGAACUACAGUGCUGAUGGACCGAAUUGCUAAGAAGAUGCGUGAGAGUGGCGAAAACCCCAACAUCUAUGGCCCAACAGAGGGCCUGUCCUUCCGCCAACGUUUCCCACCUCGCGAGAUCAUCGCCACCUGGGUCCGCCCGUUCAAGAUGUUCUUGACCGAACCCAUUGUGUUGACUCUUUCUCUCCUGAGUGGUUUCAGCGACGCCCUCAUUUUCAUGUUCAUUCAAUCCCUGUCGGUCGUCUACGGACAGUGGGGAUUCAACACUUGGGAGCAAGGUCUCGCCUUUAUUCCCAUCCUGAUCGGAUACUUCAUUGCUUGGUUCUCCUGGUUCCCCGUCAUUAAACGUAAUGUUGCCGAGCGUGAGGCCAAUCCGGACAGCGAACGGGCACAGUAUGAAUCGCGACUGUGGUGGCUGUUGUGGACCGCACCUUGCUUGCCUAUUGGAUUGAUUGGCUUCGCCUGGACUUCUUUGCCGCAGUGCCACUGGAUUGGAUCCAUGAUCUUUGCCGCUAUCAUCGGUAUUGCCAAUUAUGCCAUCUACAUGGCCACGAUUGAUUACAUGAUCUGCGCUUACGGACCAUACUCGGCUUCGGCUACUGGUGGCAAUGGGUGGUCGCGUGACUUCUUGGCUGGUGUAUUGACCAUUCCAGCAACUCCAUUCUUCAACAACAUCGGCAAAACUCCUAAGUACCAUGUGCCACUUGCUUGCACCAUUCUCUUCGUAAUCUCAUGCUUGCUGGUUGCUGCUGUUUACUGGAUUUACGUCAAAGGCCCUGAACUGCGCCGUAAGUCGCCAUUCGCUCAGCAACUCGAGAUGGCCAAACACGAUAUGGCCAGCCAUGGUGAGCACAGCUCCAGAGUCCCAAUUGGCUCUCGUGCCCAUUCCUAUGCGCGAUCUCAGCAAGAUCUGCGCAUUCGCCCGACCCUGGGAAGCCGUCCAGGCUCUCGAGUCCAGUCUCGCGUCAACUCUCGCGUUAAUUCUCGAGCCAACUCUCGCCGCAACAGUAUUAACGAGACUGAGAAAGUCUAG